GCUCAAAGCAAGCAGAAAGAACAAAACACAGAACACAAAAGAGCCUUUUUGUGGUGGCGCACAACCCAGUAGGAUGUCUUCGGAGGUGAACACACCUUUUUGUCCUUUAACGCGUCCAGCCUUUUUCCCUCGCUUGUUGUCGCUAUCUUCAGUCGGUCAAUUAUUUUGAAUCCUUCUUCCAUUCUCGACAUCCUAAUACCUAGCGAGCCUCAGCGAUAUUAAGCUAUAGACUAUAAGCUCAUCCUCGUUUGGAGAACGGCGGCGACAAACUUCAAAGUCAUUACGGUAUCUCAACGAGACAAGACAUUUUUGAUUACCGAAAUUGCUGGCUGUCGCCACGGACGCGUUCCUUCACAUACAUUUGGGUACCAGCAUUCUCCCGAAAUUCCCAUACUAAAACCAUUACCUCCCUACAUCAAUAUCCUCAACCUUUCAAGGUCUCUUGCCCUAUCUUUCUUCUCGAACGACAUUUUUCUUACAGCGUCUGCGAACGAGAAGAACAAAAGGCGAAGACGGAAAGGACAGUGUGGAACGGACAUUUGCGAGGGACAGGCGUUUCAAGGAAGACGCUCGGACGUCGGAUUAUUUGAGCACGCGUCGGUGUCUCUGGUGGAGUCCCGUGGAGAUAUUGCAGCGAAGCUCUGAGUAAAGCUGGUGGAUUGGAGUACAUCCAGAUACAGCGCUUGCCGCCUGCACCGCAGAAGAAGGAACUGGAGGAGAAAGACGGUAUCCACGGUCCACUGGUCAUCACCCACGUCCAUCGAUCUCCUAGCACACAAUAGCGGCUCCUCGCGACCUGAACCCUUCGGGCUGCACUCCAAACGGCACACGGUCGGCGCCCCUACUCCCACGAGCCACGACAAGGCCUAAGCUACGGUCCAUUGCUCUUCCGCUUGUUACGCAAGCGACGGAACACUUUUUUCGGGUUUCGACGCCCGCUCUCGGCUUGCUUGUAACGCUGCGCCCUGCAUUUCGUCGACCGCCUUCCAUUCCAGGUCAAUAAUCGCUCCCUAUCCCAGUCAUCAAUUGACUAGACAACCUUUGCCCGGCGUCGAUAUACCUUUAUAUUGUCAUCAUCCUUCUUAAAAGGCCUUUACUCAAGUCCCAUCCUCCAAAGGCGAUCCUCUUCCGCGACAAAUCGUCUGGCCAUCUCCACGCAGGACCUCCUUUGUAGUUUCCUCCUCAACGAUUCACCAUUGCUACCUUGAUCUCCCACUAUACAAACAGACCAACAUCUUCAUUCGCUUGCUGCGAGGUCGAGCUGCGACAACUUCGAAUCCCCUGUAUAUUACCAGCUCGGUAUAUUUGGCCAGUGCUUUUCUUGACUCAGGUGAUCCAGGCAAGUCAAGCACGGCCCUCAAGCUCACCACGAUCACCCCAUACAUCAGCCUAGCUUUUCAAUGUCUAUAUCCGGCCCCAUCUCCAGGAGGCGUAUAGGCUCUGUGAGUCAAAGAGGAAAUGAAAGUUUGCCCCAGCUGGACAUUCAGAGUAUCCAAAUGCCGUCAAAUCCCCAAAAUGCCCUUGCCCUCAAAACAGCGGCGCUGUCAACUUCUACUAGAUCUCUACACCAAAUUUGCUCCAUUUUGAAAAAGAGAUUAUUAUGUGUGGACGGUUUUCAACCAUUUUUAGAACAACCACCUAAUGCCGAACCGUUGGAUGUCGUUUCACAUAUGUGUCAUCUUUUCCGGCUUGGUUCACCCCUUUGCCACCUUUACAACCUCCUUAUCCCAUCCUUCGUCGAUCCUUUAUCACCACUAUAUGCGGACUUACCAGCGCCUGCCAAAAUCGAAUACGACUUUCCUCAAUUCUACGACUCUUCUAAUGGUGUCCGUAAUUGGGCCAAGCGACCAGAAAAUGCCAAACCCUGCCAAAGAUAUAUAGCAGCCUUUUGCAUGGCGAUGAAGAAGCGAAUAGAGGAAGGAAGAUGGACGUCUGAUAUGUGGGCGUUGCAUGAGCUGUGGGGCAAAUCGACUGGGGAGGAUAUCGAAGCGUACGACUCGACGGGCUUGAUGAAGGUGCUGAGCACGGUAGAAGAAAUGUUGGACAAUCUGCCAGUAUCUGCCAUGUCUCCUAUAUCACCUCAAACUCCUUUCGCGGCAUCGGGUUCCAUUGCUCAGCGUGCGCAGUCUAGACAGUCUUAUGACUUACCGUUUUCCAUGGGCGGAAUAGGCUCGGGUGCGAGUGCGGUGGCUAAUAUGGCGGCGACCAUGAAUGGUGGGGUGCAUAUCGAAGCUGGCCCCAGUGAGAACUCUCCAACUGCAGUGGAGAUGCAGCGCGGCCUGUCAACAUCAUUGGCUGACGCCAACGCCUUCAAAUCUGUCGAGGAGUUGGUUGCGAGUGAGAAGAGUUACGUGCAGGAGCUGGAAAUUCUGGUGAGGUGCUCACAAGAGAUGCUGGAGGCCCAGUUGGUGUCCACCGAAACGAACCAUCAAAUUUUCUCAAAUCUGUCAAAGAUUUUAGAUUUCCACCGGAAAUUCUUAAUCAAACUUGAGACGGAGUAUGAGCCUAUUCAAGAGCGAGGACCUGGUGCUUGGGCAGAGGGUGUAUGGGGCAGGCCGUUCAUCCUGAGCGAGGCGGAAUUUGACUGCUACGGCCCAUACUGUGCCAAUUACCUCGACGCUAUCACUGUUGUGAAUGAGCAGAUGCCAAUUCUUAUGCGAGGACAAGAGUUAUCCCCGACAGAAAGGCCGUGCUUGGACCCCCAACGGGAAUUGCAGGCGUUCAUGAUUAAGCCUAUCCAGAGAAUCACCAAAUAUGGUCUUCUCCUUGAUGCUAUUCUCCACGCCACAGCCAAGCAUGAGUAUCCGUUCCGACCAGAGUUGGAAGAGGCUUCUGCUGCGGUCAAGCGUAUUGCCGCCGGUAUCAAUGAGGUCACAGACUUCAAGGCCAAGCAAGCCACUGUGCGCGAACUUAUUGAGCGGGUUGAUGACUGGAAAGGUCACGACGUUGACAAGUUUGGAUCGCUACAUAUCGACGACCACUUCACGGUGACCAAGGCUGAUCAACCACGAGAAUACCACGUUUUCUUGUUUGAGAAAAUGAUGCUCUGUUGCAAAGAGAUCACACCAGAGAAGAAGAAACAGAACAAGAAUUCGAGCAUGUUAAGGAAAGAUCGAGGAACCAGCAAGAGUGGACCGCUUGACAAGAAGAAACUGGCGUUGAAGGGUAGAAUAUUUGUCUCAAACAUUAAGGAAGCCACCAUCUUGCCCUCUGAGCCUGGAGAUGCAUAUGGCGCUGCUCGAUUAUUGAUCGGAUGGACUAUUCCUCUUCGAAACCAGGAUGGUUACCACGAUGAUCAGGAAGAUUCUUUCGUGAUGAUCGGUAAGAGUGAAGAACAAAUGAGGAAAUGGUCGGAGAAGGUUUUGGAACUUGCCAACAACGAGCGCAAGAUUCAAGAGGACAUGCGAGCGGCAAGAAUGAAGGCUGGUCGACUUUCUAAUUCUGAAAGGCAGUACUACCAACAUUCCUCCUUCGGUCCCCCCACUCCUGCCACAGAGCAUCCUCCAGUGUCGCCCUUCAACAUGCCUCCACUUCCAAACGGAUCGACUACUCCUUAUUAUUCUGAAGACGAAGACCCCGAAGGCCUCCGCAGUGGUCGCACAACUCCCAGCAUUCAAGGGUAUCAUCCGUACGCUUAUUCCGGUCAACCUUCCACCGGUAGGCGAGUGCAGAGCCAGCAAUCAGUGACUUCUGUCUUGCCAACAGAGCUUCGCGCUCGUGCUAUGACCGAAGACCAAUACGGUCCCAGCAUGACUCAGUGGCGUACUCAACAACCAACGGCUCCUCCCCUUCCUCGCUUAACGUCUGCCAUGUCGGGAAUGUCGGUGGCCUCGGAAAUUUCCUUCGGCUCUGGACCGGGCAGUACAGGUAUACGAACUGGUAUGGUCAGGCAGAUGAGCUCUACGAGAUUACCGCGUGCUACUGAAGUAGACGAGGGAGAGGGGAAUCCGAUGGAUACUCGGGAAUCAUAUGGGAGGUACGGGUCGCUUAGAGGGAUGAUGCGCGCUCCUAGUCACGCGAUGCCUAGCGUGCCCCACCCUCCGCCCCUCCGGAAUCGCAGUGCCUCCUCUCCCAAUGUCUAUCAGCAACCAACUGUCACUGGUGCUGUAUCUCUUCCUUACACCGCAGGGCCCAAUGGGACUUGGACCACUUCUCCUCUUGCGUCUACUCUUCAGAUGAGCACGCAUCCUUAUGUCCAAAGUACCCCUGUACCUGGGUUUGGACCUAGUAGCUCAACGACUCUUGUGGGUGGAACAGCAUACUUCAAUAAGCGAAUGAGCAAUGAGAAGAGAUCAAGUGGUGAGAGUCAUCACUCCACGACUACCACCGAUACUUCAGACCAGACCAGUCCUGCCACGCCAUAUGGCAGCGGCAACGGAGAUGUUCGGGGCCCUUUGAGACAAAAUAGUGGCGACAAUGUUUCUGGAAGUGUGCUAGUCAAAUUGCGGUUUGGCAAUGAUCAAUUCGUUCUCGGUGUCUCACAAGAGAUCGACUUCAUCACUCUCUAUCAGAAAAUCCACAAGAAGAUUCGCCUGUGCAGCAGCUCUAACCGACCGGCGAAUGUGCAUGACAAGCUUCAGAUCCGCUAUGUCGAUAAUGACGGAGACGAGAUCCAAGUCAAGUUUGACUCGGAUGUGGAGCUGAUGUUUGAGGAUGCGAGAGAUCAGGCUGGGCAUAUCAAUUUGAUUGCCAGAUGGGCCGAGGACCGAAGAGGAAGCCCUCAAGGAGAGAUUUAUUGAGAAGAGAGACGUUUGUAAGGGUAAAAAACAGAGAGAAGGUUGAUCAUGGCUUAUUUUAUUUCUUAUUCUAUUUUCAAAAAAGUUUGUCAGUUUCGUAUAUUUAUUCAUCUAUGUUUACUACUUUCAUGUUUUUCAUCUUAGAUGGCUGGAUUUGGGGUUUGGGUAGUGUCUUCUGUCGUGUUCAUCUUUUCUGUGAUCAGAAAAAAGUAGAGUACAUUUUGUAUCAAGUACGUACAGUAUGAAGAAAUCUCAUGAGUG